AUGAGGAACGAACGGAGCGAACCGAAGAAGACUAAGCACACAAAAGUGCUGUUCAAGAAGUCAGACUUGACAGUGGCCCGAUCCAGUAUUUUCUCUGACGCAUCUCAACGCUACACCAAAAGUGCCAUCCGACGAAUCAAAAGAGAAUUGCAACGGGACGACUAUUACACUUAUAAAGGAAAACUGAAAAGAGACCUCAGUCUGGAAACGGACAACUGUAUCCUUCGGAGGUAUUGCAAAAAGAAAUUGACAAGUCUAGCUUCUUCGGCAAAAACGAAAUACUCGAAUUUUUAUGCUGUUGAUAACGAAACAGUCGAAGAAUUCGAAGACUCCAGUGGUAGUGGCGAUAACAAAAAAAGCGCUUUAGAUAAUGAUAAUUCUUUCAAUGCCGAUGUAACAAUUCUUAUGAUGGAAAAUCUUAAACACCAUCUCAAUGUAUGGGUUGAAAAACAUUUGACAGAUGACAAAGAUAUAAAACGAAAAUUCAAUAACGUGCUAGAUUCCAUUCUGUAUAGAUUGUACAUGGAAGAUGCUAAUAAUUAUUCGCACACAAAUUAUUCUCUAGAGAGAGAUAAUAAAAUCCCACAAGGCAAAGCUGGCACCAGCUCAGUGUUUCAUAAUAAUACAACGAAAACAUUUCCAACAAUUAUACCUUUACUCGAUGGAGCUGCUAGCAAGGCCAAAUAUAUCUUCGAAAGUAAAAACUCUACUACAGGAAAUUCAAUAACGUCAUGUUAUAAUAGUAAAAUUGAACAUGAUACUGUUACUAGUAGAGAUAUUAUAGAACUUAAGGAAAUUGUCAAAAAUAUAUCUCAAACAGCUGAAAAUCUUGUUUAUGAGCAUAUGAAAAGAAAAUUAGAAUCUUUUAAAGUUAAAACUGAGUCAAAAGAGGUUCAAACCUCUGCACCUAAAGUUCCAGUCACAGGAUUUUCUGGUUUAAAAUUAAUAAAGGAACCAAAAAGAACAGAUUCACCAAAGAAAAGUCUCAAGAAAAGUGCUUCUUACAAUAUUAUAGAGAGCGAGUCUAUACUAAGAGUCACAGAUAUGACAGUUGGAGAAGCAAAUGUUGAAAGUAAACAGUAA